AUCGCGUGUCGUGGAGAAAACUCCCAGCUUCUUCUUUUCAAAUGGGCCCCGUCGCCUAGCGUCUCAUCCCCCUUGAGCCGGGCUCCUGAGGACCAACAAGUCGGAAUACAGGGUUUUCAUCAUCUUACAACAGUACAAACAAGGUUUUCAACAUGGCUGCCAUUCCAUCCAGUGGUUCACUUGUCGCAACCCAUGACUAUUACCGCAGACGCUUGGGAUCCACUUCCAGCAGCAGCUCAUGUGGGAGUGUGGACUACUCUGGAGAAGUCAUCCCUCACCACCCAGGUCUCCCGAAAGCUGAUCCUGGUCACUGGUGGGCCAGCUUCUUUUUUGGAAAAUCCACCCAUCCUGUCAUGACAACGGUUUCAGAAUCCCCAGAGAACUCAGGAAGUUUCCGUAUCACCAAUGGACUGGUUCCAUGUGGCCUGACUCAAGAGUCUGUGCAGAAGCAAAAAGUCAGUGACUCCAAGUCUAACUCCAGCCCCUCUGCCUGAAGCACCAAUCAUUCCUUCCUCACAUGGACGACGCUAGGUGGCGGAGCCCACCCCUGCCCCCACCCCCAAAGGCUGCCCAACAUGUAGCUGUAGUUUUACAUAUUUUUUUUUUUCCUUUUCAUAUAAAAAUAAAAUUACAAAAAAAGCUGUUUUUACCAUAUUUCGUAACAAUGGAACAUUUCUGGACUUAGUUUGCUCUCUUGCCUUAUGAAAACUUGUUUUUAUUUUGUAUUUGUCUAAUAAACUUGAGCAGCCUGAAAA